AUGGCCUUCUUCGACCCCAGAUACAAGCUCAAAGUGCACAUUCUGCAAAUCAUCCUGAUCCACGUUGUCAUGGGUGUGUCCGCGCCGCAACUGUUCCUGAAAGGCCAGCCGCGAACCCGAGCCAACACUAUCGCCUUGGGCAUGGGCGGCAAAUCCAUGAUUAUCAUCUCGUACCAGAUUUUAACAGAGCAUCGUGAGCGGUUCAGUCGGUGGAGAUCUUACAAGGCCUACGCCAUCCUCAACGGCCUCGAGGUUGUUUUCUGGGCAGCGGUCGUGUUCUUGAUCCUCCAGGCCAACAUUAAGUCGUGUGUGGGCAUUUCUUGUACGCUCCGGUGGAUAGCCGUGGGUGUGUCGAUUGUCAUCACUAUCGUCGCUGUAUACAUGUUCAUCAUCUCGUACGUGGACUUCCGAGCCCAUCGCAUGCAGAGGGAGCACAAGCGCAGCAGAAGAAUCAUGAGCGCCGACGUCGAGCAUGGCCAACGCAUGGACCAACUGCAUCUUAAGAGCGUCCGCGUCAGUGAGCCAGAAGCACCCCGUACGCACACAACUCGCCACCACGGAAGGGACCACUGCAGGUCUCACAACCUCACCGCGCAAUGGAGCAACGCUCCCAUAGAGCUGGUAUGUCCCGGGGACUCCCAAAUGACCAUCGGCCACGGAGACACAGUCGUUCUCGCAGCAACAGCCAGGGAAUGGAGCAACAUUCCCGCGGCAAUAGCAGACUCCGGCGAUACUCGAGUGAGCACCAUUCACGGAGGCAUAGCAUAUCUCCUGGUAGCCGAAGUGAGUACGAGGCCCGAGCACAUGCUCAAGGCCCUUACUCACCUCACUAUUACCCCGAGAACCCACGGGGCACGAUUAGACGUGAGUGAACUAUGGCAAGGAGGCGCUUUUGGAGAAUACUAG